UUCCACAUAUGAGUGAAAUCCUAUGAUAUUUGCCUUUCUCUGACUGACUUGUUUCACUUUGCAUAUUACACUCGUGUUCCAUGGGGUGGGGGGAUCUCUUAAACCUCCUCCUCGUCCCUGCAAAACCACGUUGGGUGAUCCUAAUCACAUUUCGUCAUGUAUGAAUUGAACAAAGUCAAGGACCUAUCUAUCUUGUUUCCACCGCAGCUUUGCACAUGGUGCGUGUUCCGUUAAAUGUGCUGAACGGGUGCGCAGAGGGGCCUAAGGCUUGUGGUGCCCCGUGCAGCUCAGGCCAGUUCUGGCUCUUGUUUCGCCUUGGCGGCCGCAAGCCAGUAUACAGACCAGUUCGAGGAAUGAUGUGCUUCCUGUUCUCCCCCUUCCAGAGCACGCCCCCAGUCCAGGUGGGCAACAUGUCUGUGCUUUUAGCAAUGCCGCUGCCUCGAACCCAGAAGCCAUGGAGGAGAUAAGGUAGCCCCCCUGUCCUUGGAUCAGAUGGGGAAGCCCAGUUCAAUGGAUACAAAAUACAAGGAUGAUUUAUUUCGGAAGUACGUGCAGUUCCAUGAGGGCAAAGUGGACACCACCCCCAGCAAGCAGCGGCCUGGCAGCGAUGAGUACCUUCGGGUGGCAGCCUCGACCCUGCUCAGCCUGCACAAGGUGGACCCCUUUUAUCGAUUCCGGCUGAUCCAGUUCUACGAGGUGGUGGAGAGCUCCCUGCGCUCCCUGAGCUCCUCUAGCCUGCGGUCUCUGCACGGCGCCUUCAGCGUGCUGGAGACGGUCGGGGUCAACCUCUUCCUCUACCCGUGGAAGAAGGAAUUCCGAAGCAUCAAGACCUACACGGGCCCCUUCGUUUAUUAUGUCAAGUCGUCGUUACUGGAAGAGGACAUCCGUGCCAUCCUGCAGUACAUGGGCUAUGUGCCCGAGUUAGGGACCGCCUACAAACUCAAAGAGCUUGUGGAGACCCUCCAGGUGAAGAUGGUGUCCUUCGAGCUCUUUCUGGCCAAGGUGGAGUGUGAGCAGAUGCUGGAAAUCCACUCACAAGUCAAGGACAAGGGCUACUCCGAGCUGGACGUGGUGAGCGAGCGCAAGAGCAGCACGGAGGAUGUGCGGGGCUGCUCGGAGGCCCUGCGGCGGCGGGCCGAGGGCCGGGACCACCUGACGGCCUCCAUGGCCCGCGUGGCGCUCCAGAAGUCAGCCAGCGAGCGGGCGGCCAAAGACUACUACAAGCCUCGGGUGACCAAGCCCUCAAGGUCGGUGGAUGCCUAUGACAGCUACUGGGAGAGCCGGAAGCCACCCCUGAAGGCCUCGUUGAGCCUGCGGAAGGAGCCGGUGGCAGCAGACGUGGGCGACAGCCUCAAGGAUGAGGUCAUCCGGCCGUCCCCCUCACUCCUGACCAUGUCCAGCUCCCCCCACGGAAGCCCGGAUGACCUGCCGCCCUCCUCCCCCAACAACGGCUUGGGCCUGCUGCGUGGCCCGUACUUCUCUGCUCAGGAGGACGUGGAUCUGUACACAGACUCGGAGCCUCGGGCCACCUACCGGAGGCAGGAUGCCCUGCGGCCGGACGUGUGGCUGCUCAGAAAUGACGCGCACCCCCUCUACCACAAGCGCUCACCCCCCGCCAAAGAGUCCGCCCUGUCCAAGUGCCAAAACUGCGGUUUGUCCUGCAGCUCCUCCCUCUGCCAGCGCUGUGACGGCCUGCUUGCCUGUCCCCCAGCCUCCAAGCCCGGCGCCUUCCCCAGCAAGGCCUCCGCCCACGACAUUCUGGCCCACGGGCUGUCUCUGCGGGAGAAGUAUGCGGGCCAGACUCAGGGCCCCGAACGGCUGCCGCACCUCCACCCGAAAUCCAAGCCCUUGGCCACAGCCACCUCCCGUUGUGGCUUCUGUAACCGCCCAGGUGCCACCAACACCUGCACCCAGUGUUCAAAAGUCUCCUGCGACGCCUGCCUCAGCGCCUACCAUUAUGACCCCUGCUGCAAAAAGAGUGAGCUGCACAAGUUCAUGCCCAACAACCAGCUGAACUACAAGUCCACCCAGCUCUCCCAUCUCGUGUACAGAUAGACUUGACCUUGCACCCCUGCUCCAAGGGCUACACCACUGACUUUCCGGUCCCCCCACCCCCGGGAAGAAGGGUUCAAGUAUUGAGCUUGGCCGUGGAGGCCUGCAUUGCACCGUGUAGGUGUCGGGGUCGUGGGGUCGGCUGUGCCAUGUGCGAGUCACUUGGUGACCUGGAUGUUUCCACUGAUGGCUGCUUUGUCGCCUGGCGAGGGAGAGGGUGGCACUUCCGUUCAGAUUCAUUUUUGCUAAUCUCUCCACUCCCUAUUCCGUUGUUUGUUUUGUUUUUGAAGAGGAUUUCUCUCUCUCAGACUCUUGCCACACCCACCCCUCCCACCGAGAAGCCAGCUUGGACCGGGAAGGGCCCUCCGGGUCCCCUCCAAAUGCCUGCCUGGAGGGUCGAGCUAGAGGCCUGUUGGCUUGUGAAAUGAGCCCUCCUGCCACACCGGGCCUCUUCAAGUGGCUCAUCCCUUGGCCGCCCCCUUCCCGAACGCAAGGAUGCCCCCCUGGACUCGCCGCCCCUUGCCUCCACCUGUCUGGGUUUCGAAGGUGGACUGGGUCCAGUAUUAACUGAACGGCAUCCUGUUGCCACCACAGCUCAGUUCAGCCCCCGGUGUUCGUGCACUUUGCUCCGACGUGCUGAAGUGUGCGCCGCCCACGGCAGGAUGGAUUCUUCCCCUUUCUGUUGUUUGCACAUGCUCCUCUUACUGUACUGUACAUAGAUAUUUGAGAUUUAUUUUUAAAUAAAUAUUCAACUUGCCGCGUGUUUCACAGUGGUUAAAACAUUAAUUAUGUAGCUAUUUAUACAAACAGCCUGGGGUCUUUAGUCUUCCAAGGGAGGGUCACAGCCCCUUCCGUGAUGUAUCCUACACACACGACAGCCCAAGGGCAGAGCAGAGAGUGUGGGGACAGAGGAGGAACAGACGAUGUCCCAGAACCGGUGGAGAGCCACUGUCUUCCCUACAAUAAAUCUCUACACCUACCUCCAGCGCACAUGUAGGGGCUCGUGCGGGCCGGGAGUUCUGUGCACCUGCGGACCUACAGCCUGGUCUUUGCCAUUUGCUGCGUGUGAGCCCUGCACUCCAAACUUGUCGAGUCCUGUUUGAGAAGGAACAUUUGGGAUUCCCCCGCCCCUCCAUCUCAGCCUCUUCGCCUGUUUCCAGGACUCCCCUGCAACAUCGGUGAUCUUUUUUGCACUAAGAGUGGGCCCGAGUCCACCUGCGCCCAUCCGACGGACAUCUCCCCGGACACUCAGCUGAGCCUGAGCGCUUCCACACCCGAAGGCCCCUUAAGCUCCUCAUGUGAGUGACCCCUAGAUUUUCCUUUUGGGGUGCAGAGCAGGAGUGGGCCAGAGUUUGAAAAUAAAAGCCGCUUCCUUGUGAACUAAUAUAUUUUAGCCAUAAGUGUUUGUGAUGUACAGAAUCUCAUAGGAAUUUACAUGCAGUGGGUUUUCUGGUAGAAGGAGGUCUUCAGCUCUUGAGCGCCUUUAAAUCUGGCUGAAUCCUGAGGCCACUGUGAAUUUGCUGAUGUUCUUUCAACUCAGUGAAGUGAUUUUAAGGUUUUUCCAAAUCUUCUAUGGCUCUUUUUUAUAUCUCUAGUAGAGCACACGUAGAUAUUCAAUGUGUAUAUACUGCUGAAUUUCAACCACCUUUAUUACUAAGACCAUCAUCUUUGACGUGCUUCCUUUACACAUUUCAGAAGUGUUGAUGCCUGUGUUACUCCCGAGAGCUCUAGUUUUCUAGUUUUCCAUUCUCAGCUCGCUCCAGGACUUCGGGAACUCUUGGCCAACUGUGACGCCAGCUAGCCUCUGCGGCGGGCGGAAGCAGGAGUGCCCGCCUCGUCCCGGGAGAGAAAGCCCGGCACACGUGGCCUCACGGGGACACUGUGUUCACAGACUGGAAUGGGGAGACCUCUGACCAUGUCCUUGGUGUGUACCUAAUCGUAUGAGGUUGCUGUGCUUGAGAUGGAUAAAUAUACGCUAAUUUAAAAAGACGGAUGUCCUGGGAUUGAUUUCUACCAAGAGUUGAAAUGUUGAGAGAUGAUUUAAAAAACAAUAAAGUGUCUUCCAUUGUUAAA